AUGGGAUUACACCAAGGUUCAGCAAUCAGCCCAUUCCUUUUCCAGAUCAUCCUGGAGUGUCUGACUAGGAACUUCAGAAGAGGAGCACCAUGGGAUAUGUUGUUCGCUGAUGAUGUGGCGAUUAUCACAAGAACACCAGCGGAGGCCGAACACAGACUGGAACUGUGGCGACAAGAACUGGAGAGACUCGGCAUGAGAGUGAGCAGGAAGAAAACUGAGUAUCUUUUCACAGGUGGAGGUCAGAAAGAAGAAGGUACCAUCAGAAUUGGAGAUGUCCAAGUGAACCGAGUGAAGGAUUUCAAGUACCUAGGUACAACCGUACAAGAAGAUGGGGGCACGCUGCAGGAAAUUGCGAGGAGAAUCCAGUUGGGAUGGAAUAGUUGGAAGAAGAUCACAGGAGUUAUAUGUGACCACAAGGUGCCAGACAAGGUGAAGGGAAAGCUUCACAAGCUCAUGGUCAGACCGGCGAUGUUAUAUGGAUUGGAGACGGUCCUUCUAACAAAGUCGCAGGAAAGGAAACUAGAGGUGGCAGAGAUGAGGAUGAUGAGAUAUGAAAUUGGAGUAACUAGGUUGGACAAGAUCAAGAAUGAGACUACUAGAGAAAUACUGGGCAUUGAGUGA